GAGCCAAUGAAUCUCCAGUACUACUCAUCAAUUUUCUUGGGAAGGCUUAGAAGCCUAUUGCUUCUGAUCUGUUCAAUAGAACUUGUAAAUGCAGAAGUCCAGGGUUAGCCAUAGAGCAGUUAUCUGCUUCUGGCUUUCUCUGCUGUUCGUGGUAACAGACAUUUGCUGCGGAGAGCUGGGGACAGUCGAGGUUGUUGGGAUAGGAGAAUGCGCAGACUGCAAUCAGAAUAACAUUAAGAGCGGCCAUGCUUUCUCUGGGCUACGUGUGACUAUAGAUUGCAAAUCAGAGAAUGGCCACUUCAAAACAAAAGGGACUGGUGUGCUUGAUAGCAAGGGAAACUUCAAAGUGUCACUUCCUCAAGAGAUGAUAAAAGGUGGUGAAUUGAAGGAAGAAUGCUAUGCUCAGCUUCACAGUGCUUCAUCUGCUCCUUGUCCUACUCAUGACGGCUUGAAAAACUCCAAAAUUGAGGUUAACUCAGAAAAUGGCAAGCAAACCCUUAGGCCAUGUGGAACAGUCAAGUUCUCAUCAGUAACUUGCACUUCAGCAUUCUUUUGGCCUUUCCACAACUUCCCUCCUUUACCUAAACCACCACCUCUACCAAAACCUCAUCAUCCUUUGUUCCCUAAGCUUCCACCUUUUAAACACUUUGGCCAUCCUUUCCCCUUCCCUCAUCAUAAAGUCUUCCCACCUCUCCCUCCAAAGGUCUUCCCACCUCUACCUCCAAAGGUUUUCCCUCCUAUUUACGAGAAGCCUCUCCCUCCUCCUGUCCCGGUCUAUAAACCUAUCCCUCCUCAUGUGCCUGUGUACAAUAAGCCUUUUCCUCCUCCUAUAAUUUACAAGCCUCCACCAAUACCAGCAUACAAGAAGCCUUGUCCUCCUCCUAUGCCAAUAUAUAAGAAGCCUCCACCAGUACCAGAAUACAAGAAGCCUCUUCCUCCUCCUGUGCCUGUAUAUGUAAAUCCUCCACCAGUACCAGUAUAUAAGAAACCUCUUCCUCCUCCUGUGCCUGUUUAUGUAAAGCCUCCACCAGUGCCAGAAUAUAAGAAACCUCUUCCUCCUCCUGUGCCUGUUUAUGUAAAGCCUCCACCAGUGCCAGUAUACAAGAAGUCUUGUCCUCCUCCUGUGCCAAUAUAUAAGAAGCCUCCACCAGUGCCAGAAUACAAGAAGCCUCUUCCUCCUCCUGUGCCUGUAUAUGUAAAUCCUCCACCCGUACCAGAAUAUAAGAAACCUCUUCCUCCUCCUGUGCCUAUUUAUGUAAAGCCUCCACCAGUGCCAGAAUAUAAGAAACCUCUUCCUCCUCCUGUGCCUAUAUACAAGGAGCCUCCGCCAGUGCCAGUAUAUAAGAAACCUCUUCCUCCUCCUGUGCCUAUAUACAAGGAGCCUCCGCCAGUGCCAGUAUAUAAGAAACCUCUUCCUCCGCCAGUUCCAGUAUAUAAGAAACCUCUUCCUCCUCCAGUUCCUUUCUUCCAUAAGCCACAUCCAUUUUUCAAGAAGCCACUUCCUCCUAUUCCACCAUUUUUCAAGCCCCAUCCUUUUCCUAAGAUUCUUCCACCACCAAUCCCAAUUUACAAGAAGCCACUUCCUCCUAUUCCACCAUUUUUCAAGCCUCAUCCUUUUCCUGAGAUUCUUCCACCACCAAUCCCAAUUUACAAGAAGCCACUUCCUCCUAUUCCACCAUUUUUCAAGCCUCAUCCUUUUCCUAAGAUUCUUCCACCACCAAUCCCAGUUUACAAGAAGCCACUUCCUCAUCCACACAUUCCAGUUUACAAGCAUCCACUUUAUAAACCUCUUCCUCCUUUCCCAAAGUUUCCUCCUUUCAAGAAGAAGCCUCUUCCUAAGCUUCCCCCACUUCCCAAGUUCCCUCCAAAGCAUUUCCAUCACCCUAAGUUUGGAAAAUGGCCUCCGCUGCCUCAUGUUCCUCCUCAUGCAUAGAGUACUAUUGUCGUACAACUAAACGGUGAAGUUCUCAUAAGCCAUACAGUACAAUAAGUUAAUAAAAGUUACUGGUUAUUUUUGUUAACUUAUUGUGCAAUCAUCCAAUAGGAAGGAAUUUCUCAAACUAGAGGACCAACAGAUUCACAUGCAUGGUUUCUUUCUGCUUUUUGCUUUCCGUAUCAUCAGAGAUCCAUGAAUAUUGUCGUAGCAAUAAAGCCGGCAUAAGAAAGUGGAUAGGAACGUGAAGAGUGAGUGUAGAGAAAAAAAUGGAAGCAAUGUUGCGAUUUGAAGCAGCUUUUAUUAUUGGAAAAUGUGUUGGUGGUUGUUGUUGGUUAUAUGCAAUGACUUUUUCUGCCUGUAUCCGUGCUUGCUUAUGUGAAUGCAGAAUGAUGAUGUUGAUAAUGAUGGGAAACAAACUGGCAUAUUUACAAUCUGCAUGUAAUUCCCAUUAAUUACUCCUAUCUGUUUUUGUUUUUGGUCAGUAUUACUCUGCAUAUCUAUCUAUAUUAUUCCUGGCUAGAUGCUUUA